AUGGAAGAAACAGAAGUAGACAUUGAUACCCUUAUCGACCAGAUGGAUUAUAUUCCUGGUCACUUUCACCUAGAUAUGAACAUGAACUUUGAGUCCUCCACUGCAAUGAUUUUCCAGGGGAGAGAUUUGAAGCUGAAACGAGAGAGCCUGAACUAUGAAUUAGAGUUUGAAACUGGCUCACAGCAAAAUGCCGUCCGAAACCUCCUCGGCGUCUUUUCCUUUCACCUGGAAGAAGUGGAGCAAGCCAAGGAGAUCUUCCUUCACAUUUCUCUGGAGGACCCUGAAAAUCUGAAUGCCUGGGCCAACCUGGCUUUUGUUUAUGACAAGCUGGCUGAUGAGCAGGAAGUGGCUAAGUGCACCAAAAGCCUCUCUCGCUUAAUGGGCUUGGAUUUGGAAGAGCCCCUGCAAGGAGAUCCCCAACUCAGGGCGGCCCGUUGCUUGGCUGAGCAGGGCUAUGCUUACGCCUUUGAUGUGGGGCUGGUGAACGAAGAGGAGAAGAUGGAGAAGCUGACUGCAGGCCUCACGCUCUACAGUAAGGCUCUGGCUUAUGGGAAGCAGAUCCCACUGGAGGAGAGAAGAAGCUGGUACUUUUCUAUGGCCACACUGCAUAUCAGAUUGGAUGGGAUGUGGAUGAGCAAGGGUAACGACGAGGAAAAAAGGCUGUUGGCCUUCAACAGAACACUGGCGUUGCUCCAGCAAGUCCUGAAGUCCUCUAAUCUGCAUCACAAAGCCUUGGCCUGGUGCUAUCUUGGGAUCUUACUAGAGAGGAAAGAAUCAUUCUCAGUGACUCCCAUGGGUAUUCAUGACUGUGGUUACUCUUGGACUGAUCCCCUCGACUGCUUUGGAAAGGCAAUAGAAAUGGCUAGAGACGGUCCUGCUGUUCUAAACCGCCUGGCAAAAAUCUUCCACUUCCUUGGCAAGCAAGAGAUGGCGAUGGCAGUCUGCAACAUGGCCUUAGAUGUGCUGCCAGAUCCAGUCCUUAACUGGCAGGCAUACUGCAUGCGCGCCAAGAUGCUUAUUAAACUAUAUUUGCGUGACUUGGAACGUGUGAAGAUGGGAUUGGGAGGAAUGCCAGACCAGAGAAACCUCACAGAUGCCAAAGCUGAUCUGGAACAUGUUGUGAAGGUACAUCCAUGCCUGAAGACUUACCUUGACCUAGGCCAGGUAUAUUAUUACAUGGGAGUAGAUGCCAUGCAGGAACUCCUUGUUGUGGACGAAAACGCCCUGAACAGUGCCCUCAUGUUCUUUGCUAAAGCCAUGGAAUUAGACUUGGGGAAUGUCUUGCCUGAACUCCAGUUGCUGAAGGGAAAAUGCCUUCGGAUAAAAAACGAAGAGUUGGGUGCCAUUGAAUGCUUCAAGCAGGCAAUAGAGCUGGAUGGUGUAGGUUCAGUGUCUACAGAGAGUUUCCGGUGCUUAAUGGAAAUGCUGCUAACCUUGUUUAGUCAGGAGAAGAUAAAUAUGGAGAUGCUAAUGAAAGAGGUGGAAUUGUGGGUGAAGAAAGCUGAGGACAAAUAUCCACGGCAGCGGCUACAACAGGAGCUCAGGCUGGUCUGUCGUCACCACACAGCUGAAGUACUUGAGCUCUCCAAAGCCAUGGUGACCGGAGGGAAGACCAAGCUGGUAAAACUGCUCCUUGAGACCAUGAAGUGUGACUUUAACAAAGCUAAACUGAAUGAACGCUCACUCUCCUUUUGAACAGCUGGAUUCUCUCAGUCACGCAUAAAACAGCAUUUUUUGCCACACUGUUCCCUUGCAGUAAUUCUGUUCUUCUCAUUGUUUGGGUAAAGAAACUAUUUUUUAAUGAAAUAUAAAACAUUUGAUAACAUUUAUCAACAUAACAUGUUUAUAUUAUAAUAUAAAACAUGUAAUAACAUUUGAUACUUUCUAUGGUAAGAUAGGCAUCUUGUGACUUCUAGAUAUUUUGGCCUUCAGUUCCCAUCAUCCCUAGCCAGCAUAACUACCCUCACAUUGACUGGAUAAAUGCAUGCUGCACUUCUGACUAAUUUCUCAAUGUCCUGAACAAAGGGUCCCUAGAGCAUUAGCUCAUGGAACCGAUUGGAGGAGAGGCAGUCCCGGAUUUAAUCCCAAGUGGGUUGCCCAUAAAAUAGUAUAAUAGGUAAUUCUUGUUAAACCAGCUGGAAACAGUG